AUGGCCUCGACGCAGUCUUGGGCCGCAUGGCUUCUGGACUCCUACGCAUCCUCCGUCUCGCCCGUGAACAGCCAUCCCGAUGAGGAUACCUUCUCCGAACCUACCACCUACACCAACUCCCCAUCCCACAGCCCCAUGUCUUCGGUCUCAAACUCAUCCGCCUAUGGGCCGUAUGUACGAACCGGCCGAGGUGGAGCUGGAAAUUUCACCUGGCAGGCAUCCGACCUCGCAAAGUCGCAGUCGGUGAGCGAUCUAGAAGCUCAGAAGACUCCUGUGCCCCAGGUGUCCUCUCUAAGCGAGAGACGAAAAGCUGCCGCCAAACUCGAGCAUAUCGAUACACAGGAAGCUCUCAAGAUGCGGCAGAGCUCUGCACAGUAUCUGUACGCGGGACGUGGCGGAGCCGGCAACUACCUCUCGAGUAACGACAUCGCCCAGGCGAAACGCAGCCCCAGUUUACCAGUCACGCUGGGCACAGUACGGCCACCCAGUCCGUCGAAUGCAUACUCUGCUCACCCAGGAAGAGGAGGGGCUGGUAAUUAUGCCGCCGCCGCAGAGGCGAAUGGGCGAAAAGAGUCCGAAAAAGAGCAGGAAGAACGAAUCAAGGCCGAGCAAAGACGAGAGCAGAUCAUUGUCGAGGUUGACGGCAUGCUCCAACCACCUCCGGGAGCUUGGCUCGGUGGCAGACGGAAGAGUGAAGCAAUGCACGAUGAUGAUUGA